GACACACACACACACACAGUGGGUUUGAUGAAUGUGACUGCAGACUCGCAGCUUUGAUUCGAAGCUUUUGUUCCACAGUAAGUGAAGCAGAUUAAAGAUGGGGAGCUGAUCCGAUAUCUUUUCACUGGAUCUCUCAGUUUGGCCCAAAGAGAUGUGAGUGCAGGUGAAGGAGAACAUUAGGCUGAAAAGUAAACCAAUCAGAAACUCUGAGAGCGACCAGCCCAGCCGUCAGGUUCUUUGUUUAGCAAACGGCACAGAGGACUGAAGCGGAGAACACUCAGUCGCUCUGCCAUCGUGCUGUCCUGCUGCAGCGGCCUUCUCGCUGAGCGCAGAUCAUUCAUGAAUUCUGUGUGAAGUCCUUCAGGUCAGCUUGUUGCCCUGUUGUGGAGAUGUGUUGGAUUCUGUGUUAUACUUGGAGCCUGUCAUUUGGUGGCGAUAGUGAGUGGAGGACUUCUCUUCUAAGCUAACAUUAGCAAGUGCUGCUCGGUGUCGAUGCAGCAGAGGCUUUAACACCGAGUGUUAGGGCGCUCGGAGCACAAGCGUCACUGCCUCAGAGUCCAUUACACCCACAUCAGACCUGCCUGAGGCAGCCAGACAGCUGUCGCUAUAGAAACUCCAGGAAAGUGUUUAAAAUAUCAAAGUUAACGCAGGUUCAAAGAAGGAAGCACGCGUUCAGAAAUCUGCUGAAAACACCGACGUCGGAAAUCCUGAGCAUGGCUGUGUACAACAGUGACAUCCACCCUGCUGUGUCUGCUUGUGUGACAUCACUUCCUGCUGUCUGACUGACCUCGUGUCAUGCAGAGCUACAAGCAGCCGUCGGCGUUCAUCGUUACCCAGCAUCCUUUGCCCAACACGGUGAAGGACUUCUGGCGCCUGGUCCUCGACUACCACUGCACAUCCAUUGUCAUGCUGAAUGAUGUCGACCCCGCACAGCUGUGCCCUCAGUACUGGCCAGAGAACGGUCUCCAUCGCCUCGGCUCGCUGCAGGUGGAGUUCGUGUCCGCUGACCUGGAGGAGGACGUGAUCAGCCGAAUCUUCAGGAUCUACAACACAGCCAGGCCGCAGGACGGGUACCGCAUGGUGCAGCAGUUCCAGUUCCUGGGCUGGCCGAUGUACCGCGACACGCCCGUCUCCAAGCGCUCCUUCCUCAAGCUCGUGCACCAGGUGGACAAAUGGCAGGAGGAGUAUGACGGCGGCGAGGGACGCACCGUCGUCCACUGCCU